AUGCCACCCAAAGAGCCAGCCUACAACAUCGACUGGAUCUGGUCCUUCGACUCGAACGUCCACGUCGCUAACAAUCGCGAGUGGUUCACUACCUUCACACCCUUCGAGUCCAAGAUCAGCAGCACCCACAACGACCUUACCCACCUCGUCGAAGGCGUAGGCGACGUCGAGCUCGAAGUGCGCAAAAUCGUCGGCGACACGAAACGAGCGACAGGACCGAAAAACUCGAAGAUCGUCCUCCGCGAUGUGCUCUUAGUGCCGAGCUUCGUGUGCAAUGUGAUGGGCAACCCGGUGAGAGAGGACUAUGAUGUGUCGAUUGGGGCGGAGAGGUGGCUGUGCGAUAACAAGACGGGCAAAGGACUUGGGAUGCUGGAUAAGAACCCGCUGGGCAUGACGAAGGUGCUGUUGAAGGGACAGGCGAAGGGGACGACGGGGCUGCCGAAGGAUAUGGAUUACAAGCUGAAUACUGUAUGGGCGGAGGAGGAGAAGAAGAAAUGGAUGGAAGAGAAGAAGAAGACGUGA